AUGUAUGCAGAGUGGCGAACAGUUAGACACAAGUGUCAUCCACAUCGGGAAGUACUUAGCCCAUAUAUCGGGGAUACUGUAUUCGAUUUCAAGUACAACGAAAGUGAUGGUUUCAAGUUGAUUAAUGAGAUGACAAAUAAAACGGAAGUUGUGCAGUCCGAAUAUGAAGAAUUAAACACCUCUUCCUCAGCAAUACCUAGUUCUAAUGGUAUAGACGCUGAUACAUUGAAGAAUUUUUAUCCGCAAAUCAUCCAGGUACCAAUAGGUCUGUUCGUAAAUACCAGAACAACUGCAUAUUCACUUGAGUGUCCGAGUACCACACAGAGAAACCCAACAUCCAUUGCUAUAUGCCACCCAACGUCUUACGGGCCACCAGUCCUCGAGAUUCCACUUCAAGUGCCCAAGGAAAAAAGUGCUACAAUUCAUCAACUUGCAGCUCGAGAAGCAAUUCUAGAUAUUGAAGAGUCUCGGGGGUGGAUUUAUAGCCCGACCACUUCAGAAACUCAGACUUUGGCUGAGAAAGAAACUAUCCGACUAGGUGAAGCAUUUCAAAUUAUGAAUGAAUGGUGCUCGUUCGUAGCCGUCAGAUCAAGCGACGAGGGAAGCUUAAACGAGAAACCAUUUCAACCGAGCCCAUCAGACGCAAACCUAUCAACUAUCAUCUUACCGAAAACCCCGCCUCCAAAACUAGAUUCGGCUGCAAUGCUGAAUGCACUUAAGAACAACCGACCGAAUACGGACGAACGCACAAUAGGCGGCCAUAGAAGACAGGCGUUUAUGGAACCUCCGCCGGUCAGACCUAGAAUUCAGUCAAUUCCAGAUGAUAUGCAAUUCCGAUGUCUAUCUGACACUUCUGACACCAUUGUUCUACCACUCACAGUAAAUAAACCUUCACCUGUCAAUCCUAGACUCCAACCGAGUCAAGACAAUACCAAACUGAGACCCUCAUCUGGUGUUAAGAUUUUUACUUUGCCAAUCAUAACACUACCUGUACCCGUAGUUUAUUCACUUUACAACCCAAUUUUAGUCCCCGCUUUAAUUGAUCUCCAAUCUUUUGACGGGCCUUAG